AUGAAUGGAAAUGGACACAUGGAGGAAAAAUCACGGUGCUCUUUUCACCCAAAACAAGUAGAUGUUGGUGUGUGCCCCUUGUGCUUGAAUGAGAGGCUUCUCAUAGUGGCUGCAAAACAAGGCCAUCACCAUCGCCGUUCCUUUGCCUCCAUAGCUUCAAAAAGGCUUCAAAGUUCCAUACACAGAAGUCCAUCAGCUUCUAUUCACAAGAUCUUUGCUUUUGGUUCUCUUUUCAGUCGCCCAGAAUCCCAGCAAUUGAAGUCUGAGAGCUAUGAUUAUGAUGCCUCCUCUCCCAGUCCAGAAGGAAAGAACUCAUUCAUCUCAAUCAAGUUUGAAGAAAAUGGGGUGGCCUCGUGGGAAAAGAACACAGUCUCUAAAAAGGUCACUCUAGAGAACAGCAAGAAGAUGUCCUGCAACCCUCAGUGCCAGAACCUAAACAAAAAUGCCAAGAGCGUGAUAGAGCAAUGCAAAUCAAAUAAAAUGUUUAGGUGGCGAAAGCGUAUAGGGAAGCUGUUCCAUCUCAUCCAUUGGAAGAGGUCCACCAAGGGUGGUGUGUGCCAAGUUGGUAGCAAGGUAGAAAGAGUGAAGGUGAGAAAGGGUUUGAUGAGAACGCUGACAAAGAGGAAGACCGUAGAAUAA